CGCCUCGUAUCUCGCUGCAUUCUCCACAUAAUCGCUGGUGACAGAUUUAUAUCGAAUUGUUCCUUGAUCUCAGCCUGCGGUGCGUUCACUCAGUGUCAUGGCCAGUGCAUGCUUUGACAUCGCUCUUGCAUUGGUAUGAAGCACUCUAUGCAUAUGACCGGUGUCUCACACUCUGGCGAGAGGUGGAACUGAUUUGGAGCCGCAAGAGCGCAUCGGUGGCGACAGUCCUCUAUCUGCUCAUGCAUCUGUUCUUGGCGGUGUUUCUGGCUCUUGAGGUGGCUUACUCGACGAUCACGACCUGCGAAGUGAGCUGCGAAGUGCUUCGUGCACCAAAGACGUACUGAUAUCAUUAUAGAGACUGUUUGCUGUGUACGUCGGACGAGUUUGCUUCGCCAUGUCCUUCCACUUAGUCUAUGGCGCAUUCACAGCGCUGCGUGCAUACGCCAUCGGUUAUCGUUCAGUAUGGCUCGCAUGUUCAAUAUUCUUUUGGUCGCUUCCUGUCGUUGCGACCGAGAUUUAUGAACUGAUCGUCUCAGUCCCGAAUACUGUACCACAGCCUGUUGGCUGUGCCAUCUCUACCGACGGCGACAAGAAGCUUCAGAGCACACUCUUUCUCGCCGGACAAGCAACUGCCAUCAUACCUGAGAUACUCUUGAUCGGGGCGAUCUGGUACCAUGCAAUGCAAGUCGCGGCCGUCAAGCAUAUCCGCCAGCUUUUCGGGCUCGAUACCCCAUUCACGACGAUUCUGAUCAGAGAUGGUAGCGUGUAUUUCGUGGCCGCUCUCAUCCUCCUGGUCAUCAACGUCGUUUACAGCGGGGUCACCGCGAUCAACACCGGUAUCCUGGCACCUAUAGUCUACUCACUCCAAACCAUCCUGCUCUCGCACUUCUAUGUCAACCUACAUGAAGCGUUCGAAGCACGCCAAGCCGGUAUGGCUUCCGAGGGAACCCAGCUAUCCGAACUUCAGUUCGGCACGCGCCUGCUAGGAACCCUUGCAGGGUCGCUCGCAUAUAAGGACGGCUCUGCCCUCGCGUUUGCGGACAUGGAGAACGAUCUCGAGUGGGAUAGUGAGCGGGGAUCAAAGCAAGAAGGAGUUGUUGAACUAUCGGUCAUCGGGAAGAGCCGCGCUGGGCAAUCGAGUUCGCUCAGUCCGUCAUCCGGUGGCAGUCGUAGUUUCUUGGAUGAUACUUCCACAAAGAAGACAGCGUAGCUCUAUGAGUGCCAAUGUCAUGUUGCUCAUGCCAUUAAUGUACUUUU